AUGUUGCACUCAGUCGCUAUUAUUCUGCUAUACGCCGCUACUGCGCGUGCCCAAGUCAAGAUUCCGGAGGAAAAUCCCAUUGUACGAAUCGACCUCAACGCCACCGCGGAUCUGGAGCCCGACUCAUCUGCAACUAUCAUCAACGUUGAUGAUGCUGUGGACGGAACUCUGGAGGCAACUGCUUGGUCUUUGAUCUACUUGCACACGCGAGAGUUUCCAACCCCUGAGACAAACUCUAUCGUGGCAGUCAAUGUCGAUGUUCUUUACUCGUUUGGAGUGCUCGAUCUAUCUGAAGCAGACGUUCUUCUGGGUGUACCCGAGUUUGAUGACCGUUACUGGAGCUAUCUCAUCUGGGACUUCUAUGGAAACGCAAUCGCAGAAAUAAGCAAUGUAAAUGGAAACACCGCCGGAACUUAUCGUCUCAAGCGCGACGCCGUAAGUGAAAGUGUGCUUCAGUUUGCCGCCAGCUUGUUGCCUUACAACCCUCCCCAGACUGUCUCAGACCGAGAACGUGUGAACACCAUUCUCGCACAAGCAGGCAUUGGAAACGGAACUUAUACUGCCAACCCAGACGUCGAUAUUUUAAACGCUGCGUCCAUCGCACGCUACUCCAUCGAAGCGGACUUGGCCGACCCAGCGCACAUCGUACAGUUGGGUAAUAACUGGACAGUACCCAUUCCCUCCUACCAAGGCAAUUACGGAACACAUUAUGCUGCACAAGCUGCCUCUGGUAUUGGGUAUCUCCAGACCCAGAAGCUUGCACUCCUGCCUAAUCACCCGAUGCUUAGCGGAACCAUUGAUUUCUCUACUCAGUCCAUGAUUAUCACCUUCUUUGGAAAGCCAGGCGUGACGAGUCCGGGCUUUUGGAACAUUGGCUCUUACGAUGCGUUGCUCAGACUUGUACCGAAUGGCAUCAGUCGGUACAGCAUCGGAUCCAAGACCUCGACUUUGCAGUACCUUGAAGGUGGUCAGAGUGCGGACAUUCCACCCCCGGCCAAUUGGACUGGAAAUUGGUUACCUGUUGCCAACAACGCAUCUCUCACUGUCCGCAUGUACUGGCCGGAAAUUUCAUUGACUGAUGGAUCUUACGUCUGGCCUGAGAUUGAAAGCUUGAAUCCUAUCAUGGCUUGA